AUGUCUCGCCACGGUGGGCACCACAAUAAAGGCAAUUUCGGCCUCGAGGCCCUUGGUAUCGGGAGUGCAGUGGGCGUCAUCGCCGGGACCUACAAGUUCGGCGAAUUCCUUCACAAUGCGAAGAAGCUCCAAGAAGUGCACCUCGAAAACCAGGCUUUUGUAUCCGUCGCCCAGCGCGCCUCGCUCGACCUGCGCGAGACUGCGCGCCUGCUCGCACAUCCCAAAAUCAAGCAUGCGUUGAGCACGAACCCUGAGAAGAGAGCUUGGAUUGAAGGCGCAAUUAGGGACACGGAAAAGGGCGUCGCAUUCUUGGUUAGGCAUACGAAGCGCGUGGAUAAAGAUGUACAUGGCGGGAGCUGGGGCUUUGGGAUACGGAAUAGGUUUCGUUGGGUGUUGGAUGAUCGUGAUAAAGCGGUUCAUGCAAGAAUUGAGCUUGUGACGGCGCACCAAACGCUAUUGGAGGUGAUAGGGUUCUUAGGAAGCCUGGAGCCAAUGGCUCGUCAUGAAGAGAAAGCAGACAGGCGACAAGUGGAUGUCCAUGUUGAACAUGACAGUCGGCGGGAGGUAGAUAUCGAAUAUGACAGGCCCCGUGAGGUUGAUGUCGACUUCAACGUCAAGAAGGAGUACGAGUAUAGAGAUGAGAGGCCACGCUAUGAAUACGAUGUUCACCGGGAGGUCAGAGUCGAUCGUCGCGGCGGGCACAAAGACGAGGGUUACGACAGUCAUGACGAAUCUGAUUUCCAAUUCCUGCGACAUGGCCUAGGUCAACCCACCGACGAGAGAAGAUAUGUUGACGCAGAGGGCAACAUUGUCACCGAGAACGUGGCCCGUAACGUCACCUACCGCAGGGAAUAUGAAGUCCAGGAAGAACCACGCUAUGCCCCUGCUAGCGAGCGUGUCAGCUACAGAAAACAAUAUAAAGUUCAUGAGGAACCACGCUACACCCCUACAGGUGAACGAUACACCUACCGCCGCGACUAUGAAGCUCGCCAUGAUGAACCCGAAAGGGUCGAAUAUCGCAGGCCAUAUGUUGAGGAUGAACCACCAAGAGAACACCGUGGGAAAUGGCCGCCACCAAGCAGGUUGUAA